AUGAAGCGUGGCGCGGCCGUAAUUUUCGGGCCCAUCGCCGACAUUAGCUGCCCCGUGAACUCCACCCUUCGCUUUGCUUUAGAUCAGUGUUCUGACAUCUGUGGCCGGCGGCGGAGACCGAUGUUGCUCUGCUUUCUGCACUUUGCUCCUGCCAAACAUCACGAGCGCACGGUCAAUGGUAAGGACCUCUCUAAGGCCACCCACGACCAGGCAGUGGAGGCCAUCCGCACCGCCAAGGAGCCCAUCGUGGUCCAGGUCCUGCGCCGGGCCCCUUACCCCAAACUGGUCAGCCCCGCCAACGACACCCAACUCUCGGACAUCAGCACCCAGACCGACAUCACCCUCCAGCACAUCAUGGCCCUUUCCAAGCUGCCUCCCGCCUCACCCCCGAUGACGGAGCUGGAGGAGUAUCUGCUCCCAGAGGAGCAUCCUCCUGGUCAUGCGUACUUUGACCCUAAUGAUUUCCUGGAGGGCAUACAACAGGACAUAGAGCGUGAGGAGCUAGAAUAUGAGGAGGUGGACCUAUACCGAGCCAACAUCCAGGAAAAACUCGGCCUGACCAUCUGUUACAGGACUGAUGAUGAGGAUGAGGCCGGGAUCUACAUCAGUGAGGUUGAUCCCAACAGCAUUGCGGCAAAGGAUGGCAGAAUAAGAGAAGGUGACAAAAUUGUCCAGAUAAAUGGUGUUGAGAUCCAAAACAGAGAGGAUGCUGUGGCGCUGCUGACUAGUGAGAGCAACCAAAAUAUCUCUCUGCUGGUGGCCAGACCAGAGAUCCAGCUGGACGAAGGCUGGAUGGAUGAUGACAGGAACGACUUCCUGGAUGACCUCCACAUGGAUAUGCUGGAGCAGCAGCACCAUCAGGCCAUGCAGUUCACCGCCAGCAUGCUGCAGCAGGACAGCGGCGUCGGCCGUACGGACGAGAGCACGCGGAACGACGAGAGCUCCGAGCAGGAGAACCUCGCCGACGACCCCACCACCACGGCCUCCAGCACGCUGGGCAGCUGCCGGAAGCUGGCCUACAGCCAGGACACGCUGGGCAGCUCCGACCUGCCCUUCGACUGCGCCGACGCCGACUUCCUGGGCAUUCCGGCCGACGAGUGCGAGCGCUUCCGCGAGCUCCUGGAGCUCAAGUGCGGCCUGGGCGCCGGGGGGGCCCAGGACCCGGACGGCGGCGUGGACAAGGAGCUGGAGCUGCUCAACGAGGAGCUGCGCAGCAUCGAGCUGGAGUGCCUGAACAUCGUGCGCGCCCACAAGAUGCAGCAGUGCCGGGAGUCCUGGAUGCUGCACGACGGCGGCUUCCGGAACUACAACACCAGCAUCGACGCGCGGCGCCGCCACGAGCUCUCCGACAUCACCGAGCUGCCGGAGAAGUCCGACAAGGACAGCUCCAGCGCCUACAACACGGGCGAGAGCUGCCGCAGCACCCCGCUCACGCUGGAGCUGUCCCCGGACAACUCCCUCCGCCGGGCGGCCGAGGGCCAGGGCCCGGUGGGGGCGUCCGGCCCCCACGGCGGGACGCCCAAGCCCCUCCUGUCCCCGGUCCAGGAAGUCAGCGGCUCCGGCCGGAGCAGAGGCUCCUCCAAGGAUCCGGAUCCGGACGGGGCCCUCCAGGGGGACGAAACCAAGGAGAAGAAGCCGGGGGAGUCCGGUAAGAGCGGGCGCGGUUUCCCCCAGCCGCACUCGCCGUACAAACACGCCCACAUCCCCGCCCACGCCCAGCACUACCAGAGCUACAUGCACCUGAUCCAGCAGAAGUCGGCCGUGGAGUACGCCCAGAGCCAGAUGAGCCUGGUCAGCAUGGUCAGCCGGGAGCCCAAGAUGGAGUGGAAGGUGAAGGUGCGGAGCGACGGCACGCGCUACAUCACCAAGCGGCCCGUCCGCGACAAGCUGCUGCGGGAGCGCGCCCUGCGCAUCCACGAGGAGCGCAGCGGCGCCACCACGGACGACGACGCCGCCAGCGAGCUGAAGAUGGGCCGCUACUGGAGCAAGGAGGAGCGGAAGCAGCACGCGGUGCGCUCCAAAGAGCAGAAGCAGCGCCGCGAGUUCAUGAAGCAGAGCCGGGCCGACUGCCUCAGGGAGCAGGUCGGCCCCGAGGACAAAAAGGAGCCCAACAUCAUCGAACUCAGCCACAAGAAGAUGAUGAAAAAGAGGAGCAAGAAGAUAUUCGACAAUUGGAUGACCAUCCAAGAACUGCUGACCCACGGUACCAAGUCGCCGGACGGCCAGAGGGUGUACAAUUCCCUCCUGUCUGUGACCACGGUCUAA